CUGUCCAUCUCUGCAUCGCGUGAUCCACUGAUCCUUGCAAGAAACCAUCCUCCUUUUUCUUGAUCUGUCCCUUCCGAUUCUUUGUAUCUGUUCUUCCUCGAGAUAAAAAGGGCGUCGCUUUGCUGGCCAGCGUUCGGAUUUUGGGGAUUGGGAGUGGAUCCGGGGAAGCAAAUUUGUCGACGCUAGGGUUUCCAAAGAUUGCAUUUUUCUGUGAGGAAAUUUGGGGAGAUCGUGAGCUAGGGGGUGGUGAGGCAGUGGAGCAUCCGGGCCUUCAAUGCUACUUGUGGGAGAUCUGGAGAAAUUGCAGGUGACUUUUAACAGUCCGAACGGGUUGUGGCGCAAUGUCGUGGUCGGGACCGGAAGAUGUCUUGCUCUCCACCUCCCUUGCGAGCUACCUUGACAAAAAGCUUCUUGUGUUAUUACGUGAUGGGCGAAAGCUUUUGGGCAUUCUUCGUUCUUUUGACCAAUUUGCAAAUGUGGUUCUUGAAGGUGCUUGUGAUCGAGUAAUUGUAGGAGAUCUGUACUGUGAUAUUCCUCUAGGUCUCUAUGUGAUCCGUGGAGAGAAUGUGGUCUUAAUAGGAGAACUGGACUUGGAGAGGGAGGAGCUCCCAGCCCACAUGAUAUGUGUUUCAGCUGCGGAGAUAAAAAGGGCUCAAAGAGCUGAAAGGGAUGCCACAGAUCUCAAAGGCUCUAUGAGAAAGAGGAUGGAAUUUCUUGAUCUGGAUUAACAUCAUGCUCUGCAAUCCUCACUCAUUCAUUACCAUUUUUGGGGUGCUUCAAAGAUCUUGUCUGCAACUUUUAUUGCGGUUUAUUUCAAAAUGGCUACAUAAAUCCCCUUUGCGAUUGUUAGUUCUUCUGAUAAAAUUGAAAAUUAGGGUUUGUAUGAUUGCUUUUUGUUCUGGUAAUUAAUCGAAACUUGAUUGAAAGUUUCAUAUUUUCAUUCUGCUUCCUGAUUGUUUGACAUUGAAGUUCAUCAUGAUGAUGACUGGCAUUUUGCAA